GCAACGUCUUCGCUGUAGCUGUUUUGGCCCGAGGCGCUGCUCACAGGGCGUGCACGGCUGGAGCGCAGGUCCCUGGCCCAAGGCCGCAUGCAGUGCCGAGACGCUCGCGGCCACGGCCCCCGGGGCGACCUCUCCGACGAGGACUACACGGGGAAGCCGUUGGACAAUGAGAUCCUCGAAUGGGCGCAGGAGCCCAGUCGGACGGAGCGCCCGCUCGCUCUUGUCCGCGACAGCUCACCGGAGCCUGGAGCAUGGGAGGACCAAUGAGAGGCUCCGGUCGUGGCUGACGAUACGGCGCGGCAGCCCCAACGUUCUCCAGAGCGAUUUCGAUAUUUUGGCCGAUCCUGAGUUCGUGCCGUGGCGCGAGCUUCGGGAUGGCAAGGGGAAGACGACCCGAAAGACAGCAUGGUACGUUUCGGGGGCCUGUCGUUGCCAAUAUCGCUACGGCAGCGAAAGUGUUGAUCCGCAGCCGAUGCCGGAUUGGUUUCUUGAGCUGGCGCAGCGGUGGUUGGGGGAGAUUUGUGGCGCACACUUGCCGAACAGCGCCAAUCUGAACUACUACGAGAACGGCGCUCAAGCAGUCGGCUGGCAUUCCGACAACGAAAAGCUGUUCGGUGGGCGGUACGGAGACUGCACGAUUUUCUCUGUGUCUCUCGGGGACGCCCGCCGUUUCAACGCGGCCUUGCUCAAAGGCAGCUCCGAGUCCAGGCUGGUUCCUGACCGCGAGAGCCUGUGCAGGGUGGACCUGGGCCACGGAGACAUAUGCACGAUGGAGGGCCUUUUCCAGAAACACUACAUUCACAAGAUCUCGCGCUGCAUCAGAGACCGCGCGAAGCCUCGCAUAAACGUCACGUUUCGUUAUAUCUCGUGCCACGCGCCGGAGUGCCCACUGAACAGCACGACGGCGGCGGCCCUCGCGACAGAGGAGGCAAAGCUUCAGAGGGCACUGAAGAGAGAGGAGGGUCUGAGGGUGGAGCAGGAGAGGCAGCGGAGAAAGGAGCUCUGCCGGGAAGUUCAAGUCAAAGAGCGGGAUCACGAGAGAAGACUGAGGUCCCUGAGAGCGCAACUCGCCGAGCUUGAGCAGCUCAAAGACAAAGCGUGGGACGAGCUGGCCGAGGAGGACGAGGAACGGCUCGAAGGCGAAGUCGGCUUGCGCGCUGAGCUCGCGGAGUUGGAGAAGCAGAGGUCUUGAAAAAGGGAUCUGCUCUGCCUCCCCGAGGAACGAGGAGCGAAGGAGGAGGUAGAAG